AUGUCACCGGCAAUCACCACCACCAAUGCCAGCACCAGCAGCAAUGCCAACACCAGCAACUACACCAACGCAAACUCUAGCCACAACAACAACAACAACAGCAACAAUUAUAAGCAACAGCGAAAACAUCGAGGCCGAGUGUCAGCCAAUUUAAGUCAGAAACCGUUAUUUUCCACAAUUAUAGCGCUAACACGCGCCAGUUUGCCAAUGCAACACCGUCAAAAACAUUUUAUUUGGUAUGGGAAGAGCCGCUGGCGGCAACAUCCGAUUAUUGCAUUUGUUGCUGUCAUCGGGACGUUGAUAAUGGUGUUGAUGCUUGGCAGAGCAUUUUCAAUGUUGAUGAAAAACAAAGACAACAACAAUAACAGCAAUGGGAAUUUGGAAAACAAUAGCAACGACACUAGUGACACCCACUUGGUCAGCAGCGUUGAAAUUAUGCUGUUGACGAACGAAUUUGCUGCAACGAUUAACACGAACACGGACAGCAAUCAAAUUAACAACAACAACAGCAGUUAUGUACGACGACUUUAUGAAAUUAAUACUGCUGAUGAGGAUUCUGGUAGCAACGCCGCUACUGUUAAUAGCCAUAACAAUAAUUUGCUAGCCACUCCUCCUGUGCCUCAUCAAAAACGCUUUGAUGAUGAAAUUAAUAUGAGCAAUCAACGCAAUGAAUUUAACGAGCGCCCCACAGCAGCAAUAGCGGUAACAGCACCGGAGCGACCAGCAGCUUCUCUAUCAAUAAAGGAUAACUCCGAUGCAGCCUCGUUGUCCGCUGCAUCGUUUAGUAGCUCUACGGCAAUAAAGCCCCUUGAAAGCGUUGGAAUGGAAUACGAAAUUGGUUGGCAACAACAGCAGCCCCAACAACAACAACAACAACAACAAGGACGAUCGCAACAACAUCAUGAAAAUACAGAAUUGGUGCAUCACCGCCAAAAGCGUUAUUUGGUUUUUCCCGAAGGCAGCUCUUUCCAGUUGGUAUUCGAUCUCAUCAUCGGCAUGGUGGACUACACGAAUUAUCUUAUUUUGGGCAUCACUUGUGCGGUUGCCUGGGAGCUACCGAGUAAACCGCCCAGUGAGUUAAUCGAAAAUUUACAUGACAAAGUUACCGAAGGCAUCUACUCAACAAGUGAAGCCAAACCAACAGGGGCGACGUCCACAGCAAUGCGACGUAACGACAGCACCGUGAUUGCCAAUGGCAGCGACGGUAAGUAUGGUUGGAAUGCUGCGGGCAUCAAAUAUGUUGACAAUGCAAAUGUGGAUACGUAUGCCGCGGGCAGCUAUGAAAAUAGGCUGCAAUCACAGGUGGUGACAGCAUUGCCUCAACCACUGCCGUCACCGGUCCUAACACCUCUAAAUACCAUGGAAGCUGCUUACUUUCCGCAAACAUAUCAGCGCAAUCCAUUCGUCUCACCCACCACUACUGGCGCUAAUGGAUAUCAAAAAGGCUCGCCUGACACUCGCUACUACACUGAUGCUGACACUGCUUAUCGGCCGACAAACUAUUACACUAACUCGCACAGCAACAACUACUACAAUAAUAAAAACACAUAUUACAAACCGGCAUACAAAUACAGCGUUGCUGAUAAAAAUGAUGAAUCAAGUUACUAUGGCGUCAGCGACAGCAGCAGCAAAAGCAAAAGUAACAACCGAAAAGCCUUUGGCUAUUCAGCUCAUGACGAUUUAAUAGAUAAGCAGCCAGUGAAAUUUGCCAAUCGAUGGUGGCAGCAGGAAAACCAGCAGCUACAGCCGCAUAAGAAGUGGCCAUCAUGGCAGAAUUAUGACAGCAACUGGCAGCCAUAUCAGCAGCAAAAGCAGAAACAUGCGAAAUGGGCACAGCAGCAACAAAAAUGGGCUCAUUCGACUCAUUCGAAAUAUGCGGGGACGGGCAAUUGGUGGUUGCGCAACAAGCAGAAGGGCGUGAAUAGUUGGCGGGAAGGGAGGGCACGCAUUCCAGCGGUGUCAUCGCAAACUCAGCACCAACCUGUUAUGACCUUUACACCACCCAGUGAGAGCCUCCGACAUACUGAUACCACAAUCAGUCCAAAAGCCGAUGUAGUGGAUGGCCGCAACUUUGGUGGUGCUCAACGCCGGCUACUAACAACACGACCGAAAGCCAAAAUUUAUCCAGUUUUCGGACGACGACGACGAAGGCGACGUAGUAGCGAUACUAAAUUGGAUGAUUUCGAACUUAAGCUGGAGCGUAUACAUUUGCGUGAGCAACUGCGUACAAGGCAAAAACUGUAUGGCAAAAUUGAGAAACUCUAUCAAACCCGCGGUCUUAACGGUACCGCCUGUGUGUUGCGCGCACUUUGCGAAACUGGACAGCAACAGCAAAACGCACAUGAUGAUAAAGCGGAACCACAAAGUUUCAUCACGGAACUGCUACGCUCCAUUUUCGUUUUGCCUACAAUCAACAUCAACAGCAGCACUGGCGAUUCUGUGAAGUUCGAAGACUCCGCGCUACAUCCCACCGACUUACAUAUCGUAGACCGGCCGUACCGGGAGGCACAAGCGCAUCGUGGCAGCUGUGCACAACUUUUUGCUAUGUGUGAUCAUAGCAUUUGGGAGUGA